GGUGGGCGGCUUGAAAUUAGAAAAUUAUUAAUACGAAUGUCUGUCAUUUGUUUGGAUUCUUAUGCGAAUCGAGACAUCGGUUCAUUUUAUUCACGAACUGUCAGUACAGACGCGAAUUACACGUUGCGACUGUACGAAUUGGUCGCGUACGUAACGGUCGGGUAUUUCGAGUUCUUUCGGUUUCCAGGUUGUUCGACGUAACAAUAGCAAGGAAAGAUGUUACAAAGACCAGCUCUUUAUACCUCGCUGUAUAAGCUGUUCUAUUGAAAUUUCGCAUACAGCUGCUGUUCGCAGAAGAUUCGCGGUGCACGUAUGCAAGUGUGGGUAGGGGACGUACGAUGCUCGAAGGUUCUACAAACGUCGCGUCCUGCGCUCUUUAUCUUUCGCGUGCUUUCGACGUUCCUCCCCACCUCCGGCGUCCCCACCACGGUAGAACUGCAGCUGGCCGAGCAUCGAGCGCAUAUAUAUCGGCGCGGUUUCCGCGCAGAGCCAGAUUUAAACUACCUGCAAACGAGAGUAGAAGUUCGUACGAAGAUUACACAAGCGAAUUAUUAUCUAAUCGAGAUUACGACCGACCGAUUGUUCAAUCUUGGCUUCACUGAAUUGAAAAGAAAACAACGCGAAAGAUGUCCGUUCUACCGCUCCUGCUUUCCGAUGGCUGGGAUGAAUUCGAACGUCCUUUGAGUCUUUUGAAUCGUCACUACGGGAUGACCAUGAGACCGGAAGAUCUGUUCGAUAAUUAUUCGCCGAGGAGUACGGAUAUCCUGAUUUACAGGCCCGUCAGAAAAUUCGGAAGAAGAUUCCAGCCCUACGAGACGCACGAGAACAAAUCGAAAGGUGCUUCGGUCGUGAAAGCUGAUAAAGAAAAGUUCCAAGUUACCCUCGACGUACAGCACUUCACACCUGAGGAGAUAUCUGUGAAAGUCGUUGGGAACGAUGUUGUGGUCGAAGGUAAACACGAGGAAAAGAAGGACGAUCACGGUUGGGUUUCCAGACAAUUCGUGAGAAGAUAUCUCGUACCAACGCAGUGCGACAUCGAUCAGGUGAAAUCGAAUUUAUCCUCCGAUGGAUUACUGACCAUCACCGCGCCGAGAAAACCCCAACCAGCCGUCGAACAUCGCGAGAAGGUCAUAAAAAUUCAUCACACAGGCAAACCAGCCCUGCAGGAAAACAAAGAGCCGGUACAGCAAAUCUCCAAUGGAGAAGAGAAAGCUAACAAAGAUGCUGGUAAAAAUGGGGACCUGAGCCCUAAGGCGAAGGAGAAGUUGAUAGCGGCUGCGUAAAAUUUAAUAAGAUUUUGUUGUAUUUUAACUAAUUAUGAAAUUAAGACUGAUUCGUUACAUUACCUAAUAAUUCAGCAUUUAUUAUCAUAAGAAUAAACAUUGAUGUCACUAUGUAAAAUGUACAUAUCAUAUACAGCCAUGUAUCUCGUGACUCUAUAAUAAGUUCAUUAUUUCCACUGUAAUUGUAGCAAUAAACUCGUCUUUUUCUAUAAAAA